CCUCGGUUUGCUCGACGGCCGCAACGGCGCAAUCUCAGCCUCGAUCUCGACCUUGAAUGUGCCGGCUAUGUUUGGUCGCUCUCAACCCCCUACCAAGAGCCCACCGACCGGCCUGUUCCAGGGACUCGUCAAGAUCGUCCUCAAUGUUCCGCUCUCGUGGGGCGGCAGGCCCGUAAAAGCAAGAUCAUCGUAUUUCCGGAUGCUGACGAGCACCCGAGUCAGCAACGCCCUCAUAUUUAACGGUUUCGGACCUCAUAUGCCCUUGGCUCUUUUUCUUGUCGUCAAUUCCAUUUGCCUCGCCGGACUGAUCAUUGCCGAAAAGAGCGAACAUAUCCCGAUGUACGCCGCAGUGCUUACCGGCCUGGCGGUGGUCAUGGCCCUGGUGUUUAGCUGCUUGCCGCGCUCCAGCCACAAGGCAUCCUCGGCCGGUGGCAGUAGCUGGUCGAUCUCGUCCUCCCAGAAGCGCUAGUUGCCCAAAAAUGCAUUCGGCAAUCGAAUCGGAUGUCUGCGGUCGACAUCCGGUAUCAGCACACAGCUCCCAAAUCGAACAGGUGGCGGGGGCAUCCGCACUGCCUCCUCCCCCCGUUGUGGCAUCAAUCGUCACUUCCUCUUUCUGGAUCUUGAGCAAUCGCCCGUCAACCUACUGGAAGCAGGGCGGGGACAUGUCUCCCACUCUCCUGUCGCCUGGGCCGCCUCAACUCUUCCAGUGGCUCCGCCGUGUGGGUACAAUUUUGACCACCCACUUUGCCUGCUCAUGGAAACCCACUCAUGCUACCCACUGCAAGUA